CAGGGUCGAGCUAAAGGAAACUCAUCAUAAUUCAGUCAGUCUCCUUCAGGAUCUUCUGUAAAGAUGCCGACCACCAACAGAAUCAUCUCUGAAACCCAAAACUCAGAUAAAGUUUCUUCAGCAAAGAAAUCCAAAGCUGGAAACACACCUACAGCAAAGGUCCCCGACUACGAGCCAAAUAUUCCAGAACCAAAAUGUCGAGCUGAUCUUAUCAAACACUGGGUCAACCUGACUUUGGAUGACAGAACAGCCAAUAAGAUGCUGUGGAUCACUGAUGGUGGCGCUAAAGUCGCCCGUAUGACUGAUGACAUCACAUGUCCUGUGUUAGACCGACCAGAGCGAUACGAGUACACCCCACAGGUUCUCUGCAGGGAGGGCAUCGCGGGUUUCCGAGGAUACUGGGAGGUGCGGUCGUCUGGAUGGGUCGUGAUCGGAGUUGCGUUUGAACGAGCGGGACGGAGGAACAGCGAAGGGCCCUGCGGCUUCGGAGAGAACCACGAAUCCUGGGGCCUGGAGUGGAGCGGCUCCGGCUACCAAGUCUGGCACCAGGGCCAGAAGGAAGAGAUCAACGGGAUUCCCCAUCACGCCACCGUCGGCGUUUACGCUGACCAGCCUGCUGGCUUACUGAGCUUCUACGCUGUUGAAGAGGAGGAAGAGGAAGGCGUAGUCAGGAAGGAGGUGAAACUUUUGCACCAGGUCAGGAGCUGCUUCCAGCAGAAGCUGCUGCCAGGAUUCUGGGUGGGAACAAACUCCUACUGCCUGAUCCUGCAGAGGGAGGAGUAGAUCAGAAAAUCAGACCUAACAGGGAGUAAAACCGAAUUCAGGACAAGUAAGAGCUGCUGCAUGAACCUUAUUGAAAUUAUUCUUUUUUAAAAGUUUGCCAACCUUGAAACUAGAUUUGUUUAAAUAAAGUGUAGCAAACUAAAUAUACUCAGUGGAGCCUCACCUGUUUAUGGUUCAAUAUUCAUAGAUUUACUCUCUUUUUGCAGAUUUUUUCUUGUAAAGUAAGUCCAAAAUUCACUUUCUUUGUCAUAGAGUUUGAAGAAACCUGCUUGGGAAAACCAGGGGUCCAAUUCAUAGAGAAUAUAUUUGGUUUAUGCUUCUCGUUAAAUGCUAUUUUACAUACUGGUAAAAUGAACAAAGUACACUUAAGAAGCAACUUUGUAAAGACUGCAGAGUGAAUUAUUUUUUUUUAUUUAGUAAGAAUCUCUGAAAGUUAGAAAAAAAAAUAGUUUUGUUGUUUUUAUUGAUACUGCAGGGAGUUUCGUCACAUAAACUCAAAGCCUUUUAUAGAAUAGUAGAUGUGAUGGUUGCACCUUGGCCGAAUCUUUAAAAACAGAAGUAAAGGGAGAAACAUAAAACAACACACUAAGAAACUCAUCAGGAGUUUUUUAACCGCUCUAUGUCGGUACCAAUAUGUUUUGUUUCAGAUAAUUGUGUUUUCUCCAAUGUUGUUUGAAUGCAAAAGUUUAAAUAAAUCACAUACCACCA